AUGACGAAGCCAUUAACACAAACUAGGAGGAGGAGGAGUUGUGACUUUUUUUAUUUUGCAGGAAAUACGCACAGACAAAAUUACACUUUUUACAAAGCAGUGUGCGAUAACAGACUCAGUGAAAUCUGCCUGUACCCUUUAUUGUGCCUUUGCCCCAAGUACGAUGCGUACGGAUACGUCCGCAAUGAGGGAGACCGUUGGUACUACAACAACAUCACAAACCAAUGCGUAAAGCGUAUGGCUGUAGCAGAUGGCUGCAACGACUUUGAAACCAUAGAUCAAUGCGAGCGACACUGUUUCAACGCCACCGAAAGGUCCAAAGCACUUUGGUCUCCAGAACAACUUCAAGCUAUAUUCGCUAAGCAAUACUGAAAGUACUAUUACCGAAAGCGAUUCUUCCAAUGUAACAUUGCUUUGUACAUUAUAACAGAACAUGCGAGUUUCUGAAGCACCCAGUACUUCUGUAGCAUUCAGAUGCUACUAGGUGCAUUUCAUACGUCGCGUGCCAAUGUUUGCAGAUAUUUAUAUAGAGAAAAACGCACCACCGCACAACAUAAAGCGUAUUAUUCUUUAGAAGGUCAAUUUCUUUCCCCAAGCAAAAAAAAACUAAUAAAUAACCCCAAUACUUGCCUUAGUUGUCUCUGGCACUCGCAUCUGGGUAUUUCUGUGUCCUUUUGUAUUUGCUGGUUAGCAUUGUGUUUCUUCGCACAGUCGCCGCGGAUCUCAGAGUCAACGUACAAAAAUGUCGUAGCUGAGAUAUACUCCACUAGGGGCCACGGCGAUCACAGCUGCUCCCAAGUACACCGCACGCUCGUUGAAUUUAUUUCCAUUCAUUUUCAAUUAUUAUUCUGGCAGGUAAUUGAUAUUUAUUUUAUGUAGUCCUUGCCAGACAUUUAAACGUGUAUAUCGCAUUUCUCAGGCGGGUACUGUGAACUCUACCGAUGUUGUGUUAGUGUCAAAAACAAGAAUAAAGACGUUAUAACUU